AUGACAACGCUGGCUAACAGAGCAAUAGGAGCUAUUGUGGGAUCGGCGGUUGCAGAUGCAGCAGCGCAGCCUCUCCAUUGGGUCUAUGACCUGCAGAAGCUGCAAGGGAUCCUAGCUCAGGAGCCUAAUCCGGAAUUCCACUCCAAGUCAGCAAACCCCUUCUACAGGAGACAAACAGGCCAACAGAGCUGCUAUGGGGACCAAGCAUAUGUGCUGCUUGAGUCUCUGUCUAAAUGUGAAGGUCUAAAUAUUGAUGAUUUGAAACAGCGCACACUAAAAUUCUUUGGGCCAGGAUCCGAGUAUGACACGCCUGUCAAUGAUCCAUACAGGCAAAGAGGCGGCCCAAGACCUCAACUGCCCAUUGAGGGACCGUGGAGACAUGUUAGUUUAAAAAGCUUCCUAAAGAAUGUGGAUUCUGGCAAAGAGGAGACAGGUUGUGAGACUGACUGUCAGAUUGAUGGGAUAGCUAAGCUGGCUCCUAUAGUGGCCUUCUAUGCAGGGAAACCUGACAUGUUGGAAAAGGUUGAACAGGCAGUUCGAGUCACACAAAACAACGACGCGUGUGUGGCAGAAACUUUGGCAGCUGCCAGGUUCUUGGAGUAUUUCAUCCUAAAUGGCCCUGAUCCAAAAGCCCUAGAGGCUGUUCUUACACAGCUCAAUGAUCCGAACAGAAAGCAACCACAAGAUUUGGACAAAGCUGUCAUUGGUCAUAUUCAUCAGGUGACGGAGAAUUUAAACAAAACUCCCCAGGAACUUAUACCAGCAGUUUUUCCUAACACCUGAGGUUUGCCAGGUGCGUUCCAAGCAGCGCUACAUGGAGUCCUGACAGCCACAAACUAUGAAGAGGCAAUCAGAGAAACCAUGCGUUGUGGGGGAUGCACCUGUAGCAGAGGCUCCUUUAUUGGGGCUUGUCUAGGUGCUCAGCUCGGGUUCGAAGGAAUUCCAGCUUCAUGGGCCUCUAAAACUCAGCGAUAUGAAUGUGUGUUGGAACACAGCAUGAAGAUAACAAAUCACCACAAGUAG